AUGCCUCGUCCCAGAACAGUGCCGCCGCUGCUUCUCCUCCUCCUCCUCCUCCUCGUCGCUGUCUUCGCCACCUCUGAAGUACCCACCAGCGAUGGCGGCCAGGUCUACAUCGUGUACCUGGGGCACCUACCCAGCACGGAUGCCGAUGCGUCAGAACCUGGAGGCUUCUCUGCUGUAGAAUUUGCUCACCACGGCCUGCUGAACCAGGUCCUCGACGACGGCAGCUCUGCUUCAGACAGGAUCCUCCGUAGUUACAAGAGAAGCUUAAAUGGCUUCGCUGCCAAGCUAAGUGAAGAAGAGGCGCAUAAACUUUCUGGCAUGAAUGGCGUUGUCUCGGUCUUCCCAAGUAAGACCCUUAGGCCUUUGACUACAAGGUCUUGGGACUUCUUAGGCUUCCCUCAAACGCCCAAGGAAGAGCUACAACUAGAGGGAGACGUCAUCGUCGGUAUGCUCGACACCGGUGUGUGGCCUGACUCCCCGUCCUUCUCCGACGAAGGCUUUGGCCCACCGCCGAGCAGGUGGAAGGGUACAUGCCACAACUUCACGUGCAACAAUAAAAUCAUCGGAGCUCGCUCCUACGACCUAACAGGAUCCAGCUCUGAGUCGUCGCCGCUGGACGACGCGGGCCACGGCAGCCACACGGCGUCCACCGUGGCUGGCAUGGCAGUGGCCAACGUGAGCUUCUACGGCCUGGCCGCCGGCACGGCCCGCGGUGCGGUGCCGGGUGCUAGGCUCGCCAUCUACAAGGUGUGCCAGGGGGAGGGCUGCAGCGACGCCGACAUCCUCGCGGGGUUCGAUGACGCCAUCGCCGACGGCGUGGACGUGAUCUCCUUCUCCAUCGGCAGCUCGUCCCCGUCCGACUACUUCAGCGACGCGCAGGCCAUCGGCUCCUUCCACGCCAUGAGGCGUGGCGUGCUCACAUCGGCGGCUGCGGGGAACUCGGGGCUCGACGGGGGCUAUGUUUGCAACGUCGCGCCGUGGAUGCUGUCUGUGGCGGCGAGCAGCAUCGAUCGCCAGUUCAUCGACAAGAUUGUCCUUGGGAAUGGCCAGACCAUAGCGGGAUCCUCCAUUAACACCUUCGCAACGAUAACAAAUGCCACACUUGCAUUCCCUGCCAACGGGUCCUGCGAUCCAGAGAGCCUCGUCGGUGGUACUUACAGUUACAAAGGCAAGAUCGUUCUGUGCCCACCCCAGGAGGGCCAUCUCAACGACGGCUCAGGUCCUCUCUUGGCUGGUGCAGCAGGUGCCAUCUUAGUCACCCGUGCACCCGACGUCGCUUUCACUCUGCCUCUCCCUGGUCUCAUGGUAACUCAGGACAAUUUCGACCAAAUCAUGGCGUAUGUCAACAGCACUAGUAAUCCUGUGGGUACCAUCGACCGCACGGAGACGACGACGAACACGCAAGCUCCGGUGCCUGCCUCCUUCUCUUCUCCAGGUCCCAACUUGAUCACCACUGGUAUCUUGAAGCCGGAUCUAUCUGCGCCAGGGGUCGACAUCAUCGCCUCAUGGUCGCCGCUGUCAUCGCCCUCGGACAAUCCUAACGACACAAGGAAGGUUCAGUACAACAUCAUCUCCGGUACAUCCAUGGCGUGCCCACACGCGAGCGGGGCCGCUGCGUACGUCAAGUCGUUCCACCGCGACUGGUCGCCGGCGAUGAUCAUGUCGGCUCUCAUCACCACCGCCACUCCGAUGGACACACCGGGCAACUCCAACGCGACCGCGCUCAAGUACGGCGCCGGGCAGCUCAACCCAACAAAGGCACAUGACCCAGGCCUCGUGUACGACGCAUUGGAGGGCGACUACGUGGCUAUGCUUUGCGCGGCGGGGUACACCCAAAAGCAGCUAGCGCUGAUCACCGGCUCCAACACCACGGCCUGCGCCAAUAGCUCAACGACGACGUCACCCGGCCUAGCCGCCAGCGGCGGCGACCUCAACUACCCGACCAUGGCGGCCAGCGUCGAGCCGUGGAGCAACUUCACCGUCGCCUUCCCGCGGACUGUUACCAACGUCGGGGCGGCCGCAGCUGUCGUCUACGACUCGAACGUUGAGGCCGCUGAUGAACUCGUUGUUGACGUUUCACCCACCAGGCUAGAGUUCAGUGCGCAGAACCAGAAGGUCUCGUUCACCGUGAUCGUGUCCGGUGUGGCAAUGGCGGAGGGCGAGGUGCGCUCGGCCGCCGUCGUGUGGUCUAGCAAUGAGCAUGAGGUGAGGAGCCCGGUGGUGGUGUACGCAGCAACGGACGAUGACGACGACGCGCAGCAACGAGCAUGA